AUGGCUGCCUCCAGGCUCCUCCGACCAGCAGCCCGCCUGCUGUCAGCUUCCCGCCCAGCAGCUCCUGCUUUCCGACCCGCGUUCCGCCCUGCCGCUGCUUCGCCGUCAAUCGUCGCCAGGAGAUACGCCUCCGAUGGUGGUAGCAAGGAGAUGACGGUGCGAGACGCGCUCAAUGAGGCCAUGGCCGAGGAGAUGGAGGCAAACGACAAGGUCUUCGUGCUGGGUGAGGAGGUUGCGCAGUACAACGGAGCGUACAAGGUCACAAAGGGUCUGCUCGACCGCUUCGGUGAGAGGAGGGUAAUCGACAGCCCCAUCACCGAAUCUGGUUUCGCCGGUCUCUGUGUGGGCGCUGCAUUGGCGGGCCUGCACCCCGUUUGCGAGUUCAUGACCUUCAACUUCGCCAUGCAGGCUAUUGACCAGAUCAUCAACUCCGGCGCAAAGACGCAUUACAUGUCUGGCGGUAUUCAGCCCUGCAACGUCACCUUCCGCGGUCCUAACGGCUUCGCUUCCGGUGUCGCCGCUCAGCACUCUCAGGAUUACACUGCGUGGUACGGAAGCAUUCCGGGAUUGAAGGUCGUCGCACCGUACAGCUCCGAGGAUGCAAAGGGUCUGUUGAAAGCGGCCAUCCGGGAUCCUAACCCGGUUGUCGUCCUGGAGAACGAACUCCUAUACGGUCUCUCCUUCCCCAUGAGCGAAGCCGCCCAAAAAGACGACUUCGUGAUUCCCCUCGGAAAAGCCAAGAUUGAGCGCCCCGGAAAGGACCUCACCAUGGUCACCCUCUCCCGCUGCGUCGGCCAAUCCCUCGUCGCUGCCGAGCAGCUCAAGUCCCAAUACGGCGUCGAGGCCGAAGUCAUCAACCUGCGCUCCAUCAAGCCCCUGGACGUCGAAGCCAUUAUCAAGUCCAUCAAGAAGACGGGCCACCUCCUCGUCGUCGAGUCCGGAUACCCGUCUUUCGGUGUUGCGUCCGAGAUCAUGGCGCUUGCCUGCGAGUAUGGCUUCGACUACCUCAAGGCGCCGCCGGCCCGUGUCACUGGUGCCGAAGUCCCCACUCCGUACGCGCAAAAGCUAGAGGAGAUGAGCUUCCCUACCGAUCAGCUGAUUACAAGCUAUGCAGCGAAGUUAUUGCGCGUAUAA